UUAUCAGUCUGGUUGCCUUUUUAACUCAUUCCGAUGAUGAAGGUUGACCUGUUCCUGUUAGCCUCCAUCUUUCUGUGUGCUGCACCUGCUUCUGAAGCCGGAGGGUUUCUCCUCUCUGACCUGAAUCAGACCGUUGAGGCUGAAGAAGGUCAUGAUGUCACUCUUCAGGGUCGUCUGGACCCCCCCGUCGACUUGUCUUCCUACACCUUCGAUGUGGCGAGACUCGACCUCGGUAUCUAUGGUGAUGUCUACUCUUAUCGACGGGGAGAGGACCACCUGGAUGACCAGAUGGAUCGAUACAGAGACAGAACAACUCUCAACCAUGAAGACCUGAUCAGAGGCAUCGUGGCUCUGAAGAUCUCCUCAGUAACUCUGUCUGAUAGUGGUCCAUACAAAGUCUACGUCCCAGACCUGAGAGCCAGUUUCAUCGUUAACAUCACUGUUGCACCCAAAGGCCAAGUGAGCGAGACGAAGAGAAAUGAUCCAACCACAACUAGACCUCCAGCUACCAGUCCUGGCUCUGCAAAGGAGGAAUCUGACUGGAAAACAGUGGUUCCCAUUGUCUGUGGUGUUGCUGCUGCUGUUGUUGGUGUUCUUCUCCUGGUGAAACGUGGAGUCAGCUGGAUCUGUAAGAAAACAAAAGAAGCAAACAACUUAACAAUGAAUUACCUGAGGACCCCGACGAUAGAGGAGGACGGAGACCCACCCAGCGCUGCAGGACACGGUCUGAGAGAGUCGGUGGUCUGAGACCAGGGCUGGACUGGGACAAAAAAUCGGCCCUGGCAUUUUUGGCCCAGGCGGCCCACACCCACCGUGAUUGGUCAGACACAUUCCCUGCAGACAGUCCUCUUAAAAUAUGCAUGCUAUGAUAUGAGUUGCCUAGUGUUCAGAGUUUAAUAGUGUUCUGCCUUCAUGUGAUCGUUUUGGAUCCUUCAAGAGGAGUCUCAAGACUAAUCUGUUGAUCUUACACUUAAAUAAUUCAUU